AUGGACUUCACCUUGGAGGACUGGGAGCAGCUGGGGCUGGACCAGGGGGACCUGUUCUGGGACACGGCGCUGGACAACUACCAGAACCUUUUCCUGCUGAACCCCUGCAAACCCAAACUGACCUCCUGUCCAGAUGGUGGCGAAGAGCUGGAGGCCGUGGUCAGAGAAAGCCCAGAAUCAGAGGGCCUUGCUCCUUAUGUUCGCCCUCAUUGAGAACGGAGACACCUGCACUUACCUCUCUGGGACAUGGCCGAAGUCAAGAACUGCCCUCUGGCACAAGACUUCUGAGAAGGACUCUCCCAGGAGAUCAUGGAGACUUUGUCCAAGGAUGGCCUCGGGAACUCCAGUCUGGGGAAAGCCUAUGUAGGUGAGAGUUGGUUAGACAGUUUGCUAGGAGAUCCAGAAAGCCUUCUGAAGUCUGACGUUGUUACCAACAAGGGAAGUCCCACAGAAUGCAGAGUCUGAGCUCAUGUAACUCAGAGACUCAGUCCUGAGCCCUCCUUCCGUGGGGAGGGAGGAUCAGCCUGUGAUCUUCCUGAAAAGAGCCCAGCUAAGUCUCAGGAACGUGGGAAAGACUUUGGCUGUGACUUAGACCAGAGCCAGCAGGAUCCUGUCCGGGGAGGCGAGAAACUGUAUAAAUGUAGUGAAUGUGGGGAGAGCUUCAGUCAGAGUUACCAUCUCAUCCAGCACUGGAUUGUUCAUACUAAAGAGAAACCCGCUGUGCACGAAGAGUAUGAGGAAGGUUGCAGCCAGAGGUCUUGCCUCUUAGUGCCCCUGACAACUCACACAGACUACAAAUCCUGUGCGUGUAACGAGGGCGGGAAAACCUGCACUCAGAGCACACACCUUCUGUGGCAUCAGCAAAUUCACACUGGAGAAGAACCACAUAAGAAUCAAGACAGUGACCCUCCGUCAGGUCUCAGCUUACAGCCUGCUGAGCAGCAGAAACAUACAGGUGAUGAGUCCUACAAAGGUAACGAGCCUGGCGAGGGUUUCGGCCAAACCUUUCACCUCACCCAGCAUCAGAAGACCCACGCUCAGAAACGCUAUGAAUGUGCCAAAUGCAAGGCGACCUUCGACUUCAGCAAAUACCUCCUCCAACAUCAAAAAACCCAUGCUACGAAAACUACCUCUGAGCAUCAGGAAUGCGGGAAGGCCUUCGGGCAGAGCAUGCUGCUCGCUGAACACCAGUCCAUUCACACCGGAGAAAAGCCUUACGAGUGUGAUCAGUGUGGGAGGCCCUUCAGGAAUAUCUCGACCCUAAAGGUCCACCAGAGGGUUCACAGUGGAGAGAAGCCUUACAAAUGCAAUGAGUGUGGGAAAUCCUUCUACCGGAGCACUCACCUUAAUGAACAUCAGAGGAUUCACACCGGCUACAGGCCCUACAAGUGUCAUCAGUGCAUCAAGAGUUUCAGCCGGCCCUCCCACCUGAUUCGACACCAGUCUGUUCACGCCACAGGCAAGUCCUACUGCUGUGCCAGAUGCAAGAAAACCUUCAGCCAUAAUGAAUACCUUGUUCAACACGAGAAAAUGCAUGCUAUGGAGACCCUCCACGAGUGUCAGGAGUGUGGCGAGCGCUUCUUCUGCAGCUCGACCCUAGCAUGCCACCAGAGUGUUCACGCCAGAGAAAAACAAGCACUUGGCGAGAGCGGGAGUAUCUUGAGUCAGGACUCAGAAUCGAGAGAACAUCCAGGGGUUGGCGAGAAGCACUUUAAGUGUAGCAAAUGCGAGAAAACCUUCAGCUGCAGCAAAUAUCUGACUCAGCACGAGAGGGUUCACACCAGAGUGAAACCCUUUGAGUGUGACCAGUGUGGAAAAGCCUUUAGCAAAAGUACACAGCUCCUUCGCCACCAGAACAUCCACUCUCGAGUGAGGCCGUAUGAAUGUGGGGACUGCGGGAAGGCCUUCAUCCGCAGCACUUCCCUCACCAAACAUCAGGCCACCCACAAGAGUGAGCACCCCUUUACGUGUAAUGAAUGUGGAAAGACCUUCAGCCAAAGUGCACACCUCUCAGAACAUCAGUUAACUCACACUGAGGAGAAGAAACUCUGUAACUAUAGCAAGUGUGACAAAGCCCUUGCCCAAGGUAACUGCCUUACUCAGCAUCAGAGAACUGACGCCGGAAAGAAGUCCUUUGAGUGUGAUGAAUGCGACAAAUCAUUCCAUUUGAGUUCGUGCCUUUCUAAGCAUCAGAGAGAUCACACAGGUGAGAAACCCCACAAAUGCAGUGACUGUGAGAAAACCUUCAGCCUGGGUGCUCAACUUCUUCAACACCGGAGAGUUCACACUGGAGAAAAGCCUUAUGUUUGUCAGAAAUGUGGGAAAGCUUUCAGCCAGAGCUCAUGCCUUUCUGUUCACCAGCGAGUUCACACUGGAGAAAAGCCUUAUGUUUGUCAGGAAUGUGGGAAAGCCUUCAGCCAGAGCUCGUGCCUUUCUGUUCACCGGAGGAUUCACACCGGGGAGAAGCCUUACGUGUGUGCUGAAUGUGGGAAAGCCUUUUCCCAGAAAGCAAAUCUGAUGCAGCAUGAGAGAGUUCACACUGGGGAGAAGCCUUAUGCCUGCAGGGUCUGUGGGAAAGCCUUUAGCCUCAGCGCCCAUCUCAGUCAGCACCAGAGGGUCCACACCCAAGAGAAACAGUAG